CUAUAUAUACGUACUACAUUUGUGUAAAAAACGUUCUUGUUUUCUUGUAUUGGUUUGUGUAGUUGUAUACACGUACUACAUUUUCAUGUAAAAUACUUUCGAUCAUUUUCUUACGUACUAUAAAUAAUCAGGUAGACAGCAAUAGAAAGUGAAAUAAAUCGAUCGGAAUGUAUCACGUACUAUAUUUAUGUCUAUGAAAAUGAACCAAGGACCCACAAAACGAACUAAUUAACGUUGAUUCAUGUGCAUCUUCUGCGUUGCAUUAAAAUCCCAAUUUGCUUUACUUCCCUCUUUCUCACAAAGUUUGAACUUUUCCUUGCUUCUUCAACAAAAACUUGCUAUCUCUCUCACCAAAUCGAGCAAUGUCCACGACACACCUGAACCGUUCGAUCUUGAUCUCUCUCCUCCUCCUCCUCUUCCUUCUCACAACUUCCAUCACUUAUCCAGCAGCAGAAGUAAACCGGACGAUGACAUCAAGAAACUUCCGUUACCGAACUCACCGAUUCCUCCCGAGGGUUCACCUCCCUUAUUACGUGACUCCUUGUGACUCAUUCUCUCGUCCUUACGCGCGUUCUAUGUGCUUUGAGCUUCAAAGAAUCCACCGUAGUAGCCAGAAGCAGCCACUUGUUUCCCCUCCUCCGCCGGAGAUUGAUCCAAGGUACGGCGUCGAUAAAAGACUCGUCCCCUCCGGUCCAAAUCCUCUUCACAACUAAAGCUCUUGCCCCAGUACGUAUACAUAAUACAUAUAGACAGAGACCUUUGCUAGUUAGAUAUUUUAUAGUUGACACAUUUCUUGGGGUUUCUUGGAGUACAUCUUGUUCGAGAGAUCUGUGUUAUUCAUAUAUAGAGAGUUCUUUUGCCCGAAGACGCAGAUUCAUCAUUUCUUUGUGGAUCUUUAUUGAAUCUUGAUUCUACUCUUUUGAUCUUGUAAUAGAGUCCUACGUUACUUGGGGAGAUAUUAUUGAUAUUUUAUUCUCAACGCUUGUUUUUUGACUUGUAGAUUGUGUAAACAAUCAUGAAAAUAGUGUUAUUUUUGCUUA